AUGGCUCCAGGUGCCUCGAAGAAGGUGUGGGGCAGCGUGGAGGUGGCCCUGGCUGACCUCUGUGCCAUCUUGCUCUGCUGUGGGCCCUUGCUCACCUGCUGCCACCAGGUGACCAUCUGCCCAAAAGAGUUAGAUUGCCCUGAAGGUAGCAAAGCCACCUUCUUCUGCCAUAUCUCCAUGGAGAAUGACUCUGGUUCAGAGUACAACCUCAAUUGGUACAAGGAGACCAUACACAGCCAAGCCCAAAAAACUGCUGAGAUCAGCCGAUAUGAGCCCGUUGUGGAGACAGAGAAGUACCGGCUCAGCAACAACCAUCCUGUCUUUAAGAUUGAGAUCCUGAACCUCCACCAGAAUGACUCGGGCUCCUACUACUGUGGAUUGAUCACCUUCUUUGAGCCUGAUAAAGUGACGGAGAGCAACCCGUCCCGGCUGAUAGUCACAGCAGUCCCCCCGAUGAAUGCCACUGAUGAGGAAGAGAUGGAGGAAGGCAGCCCCUCAGAGCACAUCAAGGCCAUGCUGCUGGGCAUCCUUGUGCUGGCUGGAGUGGUUGUGCUGCUGAUCUUCGGCUACCUCAUCUUCACGUACAGGAGAGGAGAAGUGCAGAAACCACCAAGUGAAAACAUGCCGCAGAAGGAAGAGAAGCCCCCCGAGGUGACCAUAUCCACUGUGGACUAUGGUGUGCUGGAGUUUCAGAGGGACCAGUGCACCUCGGUGCCCCCCAAGACUUGGCCAGGUGAGCAGAUUGAAUAUGCCACCAUCAUCUUCCCUGAGGAGAAACCUGUCACACCAGAGCGUGGGAAGAAACACCUGGAUGAGAGGACUCGACAGCAGCCAUCACAGCCCUGA